UAUCUGUUCCCUUCGGCGCGUCCCUGCCUCCUUCCCUCUCACACACGCGCCGCAAUGGAGCCGCGGCCCCGGCUGCCUCCCCAUCACCACCUCCUCCCAAACUCCUAGAGGGAGGCUGGGGAAGGCUGGAGGACCCAGACCCUUGCUGAGCAAGGAGCAUCUUUUCUGCAGCGCUGCUUUCCAAGCGAGGAGCCAGCCUCCAGCAGAGCCAUGAAUCUCUACAGCAACUGCUCCAGCCCUGAGUUCCCCCUGCCCCAGAGAGACUUUCCCGUGGAGCCCAUCAGCCCAGAUUUCUGCAACAGGACUCACCCGGUGGCCCUGUUCGACCCCAAAGAUGCAAACCUGACGGAGGAGCAGUUGCGGAAUAAGUACCUGGGGCCUCGGCGGUCCAGCUUCUUCGUCCCCGUCUGUGCCAUCUACCUGCUGAUCUUCGUAGUGGGGGCCGUGGGCAACACGCUCACCUGCGUCGUCAUCCUCCGGCACAGGUUCAUGAGGACGCCCACCAACUACUACCUCUUCAGCCUGGCCAUCUCUGACCUGCUUGUUCUCCUGUUGGGGAUGCCGCUGGAGCUGUACGACAUGUGGAGCAACUACCCCUUCCUCCUGGGUGCCAGCGGCUGCUAUUUCAAGACGCUGCUCUUCGAGGCCGUCUGCUUCGCCUCCAUCCUCAACGUUACAGCCCUGAGCGUGGAGCGCUACAUCGCCGUGGUCCAUCCGCUCAAGGCCAAGUACGUGGUGACCAGAAACCAUGCCAAGAGAGUCAUCAUCACCAUCUGGGUCAUGUCGGUCAUCUGCUCCAUCCCCAACACCAGCCUCCACGGGCUGCAGCCUCUCUAUGUGCCGGGCCGGGGGCGCGUGCCGGAUUCAGAGAUCUGCACCUUGGUGAAGCCACGCUUGACUUACAACCUUAUCAUCCAGAUCACCACCAUCCUCUUCUUCUUCUUGCCCAUGGGGACCAUCAGCAUCCUGUACCUGCUCAUUGGCCUGCAGCUCAAGAAAGAAAAGAUGCUCCAGGCCUUGGGAGCCAAGUCAGGGGGUGGCUGCGACUACCACAACACCCGGGGGCACAAAAAAGUCAAGAGGAUGCAGGUCACGAAGAUGCUGUUUGUGCUCGUGGUGGUGUUUGGGAUCUGCUGGGCACCCUUCCACACCGACCGCCUCGUCUGGAGCUUCAUCUCCACCUGGACCAGCCACAUGCUCUACAUGUUCCAGUAUGUCCACAUCAUCUCGGGCGUCUUCUUCUACCUGAGCUCAGCAGCCAACCCCAUCCUCUACAACCUGAUGUCCACCCGCUUCCGGGAGAUGUUCAAGGAGGUGAUGUGCCACCCUGGCCACCGCGCACCAGGCUCCCGGAAAUACUCGCCCAGCAUCACUCAUGCCACCACCCGCAGCACUGAGUGCGAGCACAUGCCUGGUGCCAACGGCCUGCCCCUCUCUGACGCCGAGGAGUAUGAGAUGGAGGAGGUGGAGGGAGGCCAGGCUGGCGUACACAAGACAUCCCUCUGCUGAAGCACGGGAGGAUGCAGAGGGACCAGGACCAGCUUUCCCCACCACCAGCAUCCAUCCCCCCUCGGCAUCACUGCAGCCAGGCAGAGCCCUGCGGGGAGGGGGGCAAGCAGGAGAGAUGGAGGGCCCCCGUCUCUCCAUGCCAUCCUGCUGGGAUUUGAACGCUGCCAGGCUGGUCUCAGCACUGCAGCACCAGCUGUCCCUCACCACGCAGAGCCCCGGUUACAUUGCACCCUCUGGUCUAGGCACUGGCCAAGGGCAGGCAGCUGUCAGGGAGCUGGGACAGCUGCCUGCCUCAUCAGGGAUUUGCCAGCAAUGCCCCAAAACUGCCCCAGCACCCCCCGACCUAGCAGGGUGAGCCUGUGAGCACAGGUGGCAGGAGUGUCAUGCGGCCCUAUUUUGGGACGUCAUGCCGGGUGGGGACCUGGAGAGGUGCUUGCACUUGGGCUGAGGUCUGCUGGGUUGGGAGAGGGGUUCACACCCGAUAGAGCUGGAAAAAAAAGAGGCUUUAGGGUGCCCUUUUCCCUUGAUACCUUUCCAGGGCCCUCGCAUGGAUAUGCCCCGGAUUGUCUUGCACCUCCUGUUGGUCCUGCUGUGAGCGGGGAACGGAGUCUCGGCUUUAAGAAAAAGGCCAGGUUCUGCCUCUUGGUCUCUGGCCUCAGGGUUGGUUUACGGCUCAUUUCUCCCAGCUUUUUUCUAGUGUCUUCAUUCCACUGAGUGCAGGAGAAGGAGAGUGGCCGUUCUCUCCUCCGCGCAGGAGGCCGGGAGCUGGAGCCCAUGGGAGAAAAUAACCUGAAGCAGGAGGGUUGGCAGAGCUGAGCUCUGCCUCGCAGCUCCUCAACAGCAGCAGCAGGCUGUCUCCAGCGUGGA